AUGAAGCCGAGCCCGCAAUUUUUGCUAGCUGCUUUUCUGUCCUUGAUUCUGCAGACGGGGAUUUGCUAUGGGAUAAAAUGGAUAGCUCUGUCCAAGACUCCUUCGGCUUUGGCCCUAAAUCAAACCCAGCACUGCAAGCAGCUAGAAGGCCUGGUGGUUUCCCAGGUGCAAUUGUGCCGCAGCAACCUGGAGCUGAUGCAGACCAUCAUCCAGGCGGCACGGGAAGUAAUAAAGACCUGCCGUAAAACUUUCUCAGACAUGCGGUGGAACUGCUCUUCCAUCGAGCUGGCUCCUAACUACCUGCUGGACUUAGAGAGAGGUACAAGGGAGUCAGCAUUUGUGUAUGCCCUUUCUGCUGCUGCCAUCAGCCAUACCAUUGCCAGAGCCUGCACCACCGGGGACCUCCCUGGCUGUUCCUGUGGUCCCAUCCCAGGUGAGACACCUGGACCUGGGUAUCGAUGGGGAGGAUGUGCAGACAACCUCAACUAUGGUCUUAUCAUGGGGUCCAAAUUUUCAGAUGCUCCCAUGAAGAUGAAAAAAUCAGGAUCACAAGCCAAUAAACUGAUGCAUCUGCACAACAGUGAAGUAGGGAGACAGGUCUUGAAAGCCUCUCUUGAAAUGAAAUGUAAGUGCCAUGGAGUUUCUGGGUCAUGCUCUAUCAAGACCUGUUGGAAAGGCCUUCAAGAGCUGCGAGACAUUGCACUGGACCUCAAAAACAAGUAUUUGUCAGCCACCAAGGUCGUUCAUCGGCCCAUGGGCACACGCAAAUACCUCGUGCCAAAGGAUAUUGAUAUCAGACCGGUUAAGGAGACAGAGCUGAUUUACCUGCAGAGCUCGCCUGAUUUCUGCAUGAAGAAUGAGAAAGUGGGGUCGCACGGGACCCAGGACAGGCAAUGCAACAAGACCUCCAAUGGGAGUGACAGCUGUGACCUGAUGUGCUGUGGCAGAGGCUACAACCCCUACAUGGACAAAGUAGUGGAGCGGUGCCACUGCAAAUACCACUGGUGCUGCUACGUCACCUGUAAAAAGUGUGAGAGGACUGUCGAGAGAUACGUCUGCAAAUGAAAACACCUCACUCUGCUGAGCUGAGAUGCUUCAGAGAAGAGAAAAUAUUUCCUUGACUAGAUGUCGCUCAUCUUGUACAGACAUAGACUUGAAGAAAGAUGGUAGGAGGAAAAAAAAAUACGCAAUCACAUCAAGUAAAAAAGUGACUUUAAAGAAAUGUAAAAAAUGGAAGGCUUUCCCCCACCAAUAAAAUGCUCUCUGAGAAGACACAAACUCAUUUGGGAUGGUAUCUUCUUCCAAAAUCUUCCCUAUGGUUGCCAAUAACAUCCAGCCAUCAAGUGCCUUAAUAUUUU